AUGACCGAACCCACCGGUGACCUUAUGACUGUAGAAGAGUUAGAAAGGUUGUUUAAGGACCGGUAUACUGAAAAAGAUGUUGAUUAUCAGGAACACUUAGCUAAUGCUAACCUACCACCUCCUGCUAUACCGGACUGGGACAAAUUAAACAGAAAUAGGUUUAAUCGAGCCGGAAGACGCGGUAGUGGAAGAUAUCGACAAGGAAACCAUCGACACAACAGUUGGGAUUAA